AGGGAGACGAGAGAGGCCGCGAGGGGCGGGAAGAGAAGCGAGAAAAGGAAAGAGCGAGAGGGAAACAUCCGGGAUGUUUUUCAGAGAGUGGGAGAGCUACGACGAAAGUUCCUUGCGCGAUGACCACGGGGAGCAUGGUGGGGAGGCCGACAGGCGUGGCCUUGAUAAGGACCGCCCGCUAUUUCCCCUUGAAAGCCACGUGCUCGUCUGCGAGAACCAGAGAGAACCGCGGAGGAGACGUCUGUCAGAACCUGCCAGAUACUGUUUCCCCCCGGGUCCAGCGCGUGGCGUGCCCUUCCGAGACGCGGCGGGCCCUUGUUCACCGAUCUGUAUGCUCGAUACGCGAUGCCAGGGACAUCCUCCCCGGGGCUAUUUCGGCCGGCUCGCUGGCUCGCGUAGAACGACGCGGAAAGAAAUCGCGUCUCGCGCGCAUCUCUCGCACAAGAGCAAGGAGAACGGAAUCGUGACGCGAACGGGCACGGAGGCGGCGGUGGCGGCGGCUGCGACGGCGGGCGACGGAGGCAGGAAAGAGGAGGAGGAGGAGGAGGAGGUGGAGAGAGACUUCUCGGGCCGCGUAGGAAAGAAGAGAGCCGACCGGAGAGAACGGGCGACGGAAGAAGGGUAGAGGCUGGACGACGAGAGGCGGAGCGAGAUCCGAUCGAUCUUGGGGGAGUCGGUGCGAGAUCUCCCUGGAAGCCGCAGAGAGGAAGCGCACCUUGGAACGGAGGCGAAGGAAAAGAGGAACGGACGGCCGAGGGAAGAGGGAACAACUCGGCGAGAAAAGGGAAAAGGCGAGGAAAAGGGAACGGCGAGAGGAGGUGUGGAGACACAACAACCUCGGACAGGAUCAGGGAAGAGGAACAGAGAACGGCGGCGGGACCGGUCGGAGGGAAGCGAGCAGAGAGGCGAGGAGGUAGGCCAGGAGGGAGGCGAGGAGGAGGGUGGCCGAGGAGGGAGGCAGGUGGAGGCGGUGGCGGCGACGGUGACGGUGUAAGCGAGACGCAAGGAGCGGAGGACUUCGUGGGGUGGAGAGGGGAGAAGGUUUCGGUCUCUCUCUCUGAAGAGAGAUCGGCUCUUCCGCGGACGAGCGCGUGCAGUCGCUAACCGAGGCCUAUACUUGUCCGUCGAAGGGUAUUGGUUCUCGAAUCGCGGUGCCGUACCCCCCGAGUCGCGGACGAAAGAAAAGGAAACGACCAAGACUCUUUGACUCCCCUUGGCGCGCGUUCUUCUCGCGGGUCGACGUUCGUUCGCUCGUUCCGCCGGUUGUUCGUCCGUUCGUUCGAUCGUUCGAUCGGUCGAUCGAUCGCGCGCGCGCGCCCGUGCGCAGCACGCAGCUCUUCUCUCGUCGGCUAUCUCGACCUCGGGUGUACGAGGAGCGAUAGGCGCAACGGCUGCUGCUGCUCCUAUCGCCGUCGCCGUUGCCGUUGCCGUUGCCGAUCGGGUCGUGUCGCUGCUCGGGAAGCGGGCGAAACAACGGAACGGGCCGAACCGUUUGCUCGGGAUCUCGGGACUCGGGACUCGGAACACGGGAGAGACGGCAGCGACCGCCGAUUUCAGGGCUCGAUACAACUCCAUUAUUAUCCGGGCCGGCAGAACCGACAGAAAGCUUCGAGGAGGGUUGCCAGGUAUCCUGGCGGCGGCGGCGGCGGCUGUACCGUGCCUCUCCCACCACCUCUGAUUCGGCGAGAACUCGGCAAGGGUGACACCCACCCCUCGAAAAAAGCCCUUCGGGGGGUGAGUUUCCGUGAGGCUCUCGACGUCGCCCGCAACCAACUACAGUCACUCAACUGUCGGACUGUCGGCAUUACGGUUCUUGCGGCCGAACUCUCCUGCUUUGACAGCUGACUGCUCUCGACUCUACUCGACUACUACUACUACUACUACUCGUGGAUCGUGGACGAGGGGGCCACCGCACCGCACGCUCGUUUCUUACUCGCCGGGAUUCCCCGGGCAAUGGCCACGCGCGACUGUCCUCGCCGAUGAUUUAAAAGCACCCGCGCGACGCGACCCGCUCUCGCCCGUCCACCGGUGAUCCGCUCUCUGUGCCUCGACGAACGCAAACACGAAACUCGUCCUCGAACGGUAGUCCCGGACAAGCCUAUCGCCGAGCCGGCCGGACGCGACCAACCGACGACCGCCUUGUUAUGUGCGCGUUCUCCGGCCGCCGGGAAGAGUAACCUGUGAUGUUCCUAAUUCGGUGAGUGAGACGACUUGGUGCAUGGUGUUUCGCCGAGUUCGAACGAGACCGAUCGCGACCACGGACAGGUCACCAGCCAGCCGGAAGAUGAGGCUCUGGGUGAUCAUCGGCGCCCUCGCGGUGACGAUCCACGCCUGCAUCGCCGAGAUCACCAGGAACAAGAACCGCGGACGGGGCUCCAUGUGGUGGGGAAUCGCCAAGGCGGGAGAGCCGAACAAUUUCUUGCCGAUGUCGCCGGCGUCCCUGCACAUGGAUCCCACGGUGUACGCGACCUUGAGGAGAAAGCAGAGGCGACUGGCCAGGGAGAAUCCAGGGGUGCUGAUGGCGGUGGCCAGGGGCGCGAACCAGGCGAUCGCGGAGUGCCAGCACCAAUUUCGCAACCGCCGAUGGAACUGCUCCACCAAGAAUUUCCUCCGUGGGAAAAAUCUGUUCGGCAAGAUCGUCGACAGAGGCUGCAGAGAGACCGCGUUUAUCUACGCGAUCACGAGCGCCGCCGUCACCCACAGCAUCGCCAGGGCCUGCAGCGAGGGCAGCAUCCAGUCCUGUUCCUGCGACUACACCCAUCAGUCGCGCGCGCCUUCCGGCUCACGCGACUGGGAAUGGGGCGGCUGCUCGGACAACAUCGGCUACGGCUUCAAGUUCUCCCGCGAGUUCGUCGAUACCGGCGAGCGCGGCCGUAAUCUCCGCGAGAAGAUGAAUCUGCACAACAACGAAGCCGGCAGAGCGCACGUGUCCUCGGAGAUGAGGCAGGAGUGCAAGUGCCACGGCAUGUCCGGCUCCUGCACCGUCAAGACCUGCUGGAUGAGGCUGCCGAACUUCCGCGUGGUCGGCGACAACCUGAAGGACCGCUUCGACGGCGCGUCCAGGGUGAUGGUGAGCAACGCGGACCGGGUGCGGGGCAACGGGAACGCGAUAGCCAGCAACUCGGCCAGCAACUCGGUGCACGGCCAUCGGGACGGAUUGGGCCGCCGGCACAGGUACAACUUCCAGCUGAACCCGUACAAUCCGGAGCACAAGCCGCCCGGGCCCAAGGACCUCGUCUAUCUGGAGCCGUCGCCGCCGUUCUGCGAGAAGAACCCGAAGAUGGGGAUCCUCGGCACCCACGGCAGACAGUGCAACGACACCAGCAUAGGCGUGGACGGCUGCGACCUGAUGUGCUGCGGCAGAGGCUACAAGACCCAGGAGGUGACGGUCGUCGAGAGGUGCGCCUGCACCUUCCACUGGUGUUGCGAGGUCAAGUGCCAGCUCUGCAGAAUCAAGAAGACGAUACACACGUGCCACUAGAGCUCGCCCACACCGAGAGCCCCGCCUUCCUCCCCCUGUCCCCCGUCGUCCUCUUUAUCCCUGCUCCACGGAGAGACUGCAUCCUUCCCGGCGAAGGAUGUCCUCGUAGUCUCCAUCGCACAAACAACCCUCGCGCCCAAUUGUCCGAGACAAGGUGGUCCAGGUGAUCCUACCGCGAAACUCUGCGGAGCUUCCGACCGACAGGGGAGGCUCUCCUCUCCCAGUAUUACGCGUAAUUUUUGCUGAUCGGCAAACAGAUCGACGGAAACCACUACGACGACGACGACGACGUUCUCUCGUGUAUUUAUUACGACGUUCCAUGGACGCGUACUGAAGAAUCGAAGCGGCGGGGAGCGUCGGGAGUUCCCUGGAUCCGAUCGGAUCAGAGGAGACGCCAACGUUUUAUGUCUCCGGUCUUCGAAAUCCCGAGAUCUUCGGACUCGUGCCACACGCCCUUUUGCACGUGAAUGCGCGCGAGGCGUACUAGACUCGUUAUUUAUUCCGGUCCUCAGGAUCGCGUGCUUGUAUAUACGUAUAGAGUACGGCUAAAUAAAUAAAUAAAUAAAUAUAUAUAUAUACAUCUUAUUUAUAUAUACGUAUAUAUAUAUAU